CCCAUCGGCGGAAGAGUGGAGCGGAGUGUCUCGCAGUACACUUGCUAUGACAGACCCGGACGUUCUCACUGAAGUCCCUGCCGCUCUAAAGCGCCUCGCCAAGUAUGUCGUGAGGGGCUUCUAUGGGACAGAACAUGCUCUAGCUCUGGACAUUCUGAUCCGGAAUCCCUGCGUCAAGGAGGAGGACAUGUUGGAAUUGCUCAAGUUUGACCGGAAACAGCUGCGGGCCGUUCUCAACACCCUCAAAGGUGACAAGUUCAUCAAAUGCCGGAUGAGAGUGGAGACCGCCCCUGAUGGCAAAACCACCAGGCACAACUACUAUUUCAUCAACUACCGCCUGCUGGUCAACGUGAUAAAGUAUAAACUUGAUCACAUGAGGAGGAGAAUUGAGACUGACGAGAGAGACUCCACCAACCGAGCCUCCUUCCGGUGUCCCAUCUGCUUCAGCACCUUCACGGACCUGGAGGCCAAUCAGUUGUUUGACCCUAUGACAGGACUUUUCCGCUGUACCUUCUGCGAGACCGAAGUGGAGGAAGAUGAGUCGGCCAUGCCCAAAAAGGACGCCCGAACCCUGGUGGCCCGGUUUAACGAGCAGAUCGAGCCGAUCUAUGCCCUGCUGCGCGAGACGGAGGACGUCAACCUGGCCUACGAGAUCCUGGAACCGGAGCCCAUGGAGAUCCUUGCCCUGAAGCAGAG